AUGGCAGCUAUUGCAAGGAGGAGACAGCCAGUUGUUGCCCUGUUGAUCAUAUUGCUGCUGCUGGUGGCCAACAGCAACAGUACUGGCCAGGCGCAAGCAGCACCAGCAACAGUAACAGCAACAGCACCAGCAACACACCAGCUACAGAUUGGCGUUGAGGGCGAUAUGCCCAAAUUGAUUACAGCAGCAACAACAGCAGGAACAACAGCAGCAACAGUUGCUGUUGUCAAUGAUACCAGCGACCAGACGCCAGAACUAAGCACCACCGUAUUGCCUGUCAAAAUAGUGCCAACAACAACAACUACAGAAGCCGCUGCAACAGCUGCAACAACCACAGCAGCACCAGCCAAUGCAGAAACACGCACCACCGCUUUGCCAGCCAAUAAAGUGGCAACCAUAUCAACUGCGGCAACAGAAACUCCUGGCGACAGCAGCAACACUUUGCAUUUGAGCCACUUACCGCACAGAUUGGAGUCUGUGGUGCAGCUGCUAGACUUGGAAGGUACAGUCGCACCACCACUCAACAAUGGCCACGAUGGCCGUAAGUUAACCAAAAAGAAGCAGUUACAACAGCAACAAUAUCCAAAAGCAGCAGCCAGCACCGCAGCAACAACAACCACAGCAGCAACAACAAAAAUUGAAACCACCACCAGCAGCAAUCUGGCCAGCAGUCAACCAACCGAAUUGUUGCCUGUACCAAAUGGCUAUUUGGGUCCCAUUUUUAUGGGCGAAAAAACAUUUAGUGUGGUGCAUCCGCUAAAGAAACCACUGGCGCCCAACCAGCAACCGUCGCCUGAGGACUCCAUUGAGCAGCAGCUGCGACAAGGACGUAUUGUGGAGAUUCUGGCGCCAACGGCGCUACUUGAAUUAAAUGUGGAGACCAGCUCGUUGGGUCCGGGCACUACUCGAACAACCACACUGCUGCCAGCUGCACCACCAGUGCAGCCACAGUCUGUGCUGUCGACAACAGUUUUCCAGGUGCCCGAAGUUCAGGUCAGCACCACGCGCCUGCCUAUGGCGGCGGCAGAGAUUAGCGUUGCGGGUUCAGUGGUGCUGGCUGCACCACCGCGCACCGAAUCAAAGAUCUCGGAUAUACAAAUCGAGGUCUACGACUCCACGGUUGAUUCGAUAGUCGCUUCGACCAAUUUCCGUGACAACUCGGGCUAUUAUCUGAUGCCGCUGGAGCCGGGAGUAGGCACCACCAAGCCGCCUAGUUCACCGGUAGUCCAGGAGCGCUUUACUCAAUAUGUAAUCGAUCGCGCAGAUGUCUCCACACAGCCGGCAGCUGGAAAUGCUUUGGGCAAGCCAGAGCCGGCAGCCAUUGAGAUUCACAUCAAUGUCUCCGAGGCCUUCGGCAAUGAGAGCGAGGAUCUGGAGUUCUCUUAUCGCCAGCCACCGGCCAGUGAGCGGAAAUCUAAUAACCCCAACGAUGAGAUACUCGUUGUGGAGAUCAUUGACAAUGGCGCCGGUGACAACAACACCGAGAACUCCUUUAGUGCCAGCGCCGAGCACAUGAAUCUGAAUUCCAUGUUUAACUAUCCGUAUCGUUCAGAUGCGCGACCACCAGCGGUGCGUCCCCCACAAGAUGCUGCCGACGAGUUGUUUAUGGCGGAUACUAAAGGUGGCUUGCCACGUCCACCGCCACCACCACCACCACCACCAAUGCCACGCAAACCGAGCAUCGAUCGCGACUCCGACACCAUUUUCUACAUCUCCAACACGGAGGUAAAGGUUGGCGAAUCUCUGCCCACGACCAGCAGCGCCAUUAAUACCGAACAGCAGCAGCAACGUAAGAUUCAGUUUGAGAAUCAAUUCUUUCCCGCCAGCUACAUGUUGGAGCAGGAACAGCAGCAGCAGCAGCAGCAGCAACAGCAGCAAGAGGAUAUCAUUCUAUCACCGCUGCACCACAGUGCCGAUGCAAUGAAAAUCCUACGUCCGAGCGGUGGUAUUAGCAACGGUGACGAUGCACCACCGCUAGAUGUGACAUAUGUGGGUGAGUCGGUCAUCGAGGUAGAACAGCAAUCGUUGCCAUCGACUGGCAGUUCCACUCAUUCGCCGCCACUUAUAUUGGCUAGCUCGCAACUGCCGGACAUUAUCAUACAGCCGGCGGUGCUGCCCGAUUUGGCCAUAGGAGUUCCGGUUAUUGGCGAGUUACCCCCACAGAUUGAGCUUAAGGAGAUUGACUACAUGCCCGGCGAGCUGAUGGGUCAGGGUCGCAGCAUCUAUGAGAAUGAUAUUGAUAGCAAUGGUCUUGGCAUGGGCAGCGAUCCGGACGUCCUUGAAAGCUCCAUUCAAUAUGGUGGCGAUCUGAUUGACGAUGGCGCCGGUGGUGGCUUUGAUGGUGUCGAGGGCUCCUAUCCCUUUGAGAGUCCAGCACAUCGUCAGAAGCAGCAGCAACAGGAUGAAAAUCAGCAACAGGCAAAACAUGGUCUUUAUCGCCAAUCGCUCAAUCACGGAUACAGUCAUCUGCACCGCGAACAGCUGCCGGUCGCAGAGCUACUCAAUGCCACACUGCAGCAGCGCAACGAGAGUCUCAAGCCUGGAUUGAAUGUGGGUGAUACAUCUGCAAUGGCGCCAUUGUUGCGCAACCAGUUGCCGGAGCGCAUGGUCAAUGCCACACCACUUUCGGAGGAUUCAUUGGCCGAGUAUGAUGGUUAUCUAAAUCUAUUUGCCGUCUCCAUGGGCCUAAUUAUUGUCAUUCUGCCCGCUGCGCUUCUAACGUCUAUGUACUGUGCAGUACGUUAUUUGCUGAAUAAGAAUGCGAAUUCAAAUGCCACUGGCGAUGACAGCGAGCAGGGUCAGGGCCCGGACUCCAAGAAUGAGGACAUUUCGCGCAACGCACGCGAGACGAAAAUGCACACCGACAAGGAUGGGGUUUUUGUGGUGGAGGUGGCACGUGGCAUCGAUUCCAAGCAGCUGCCCGAUAGCCCCGCCGCCGGCACAGACAUCACUGAGCUGCCCUUCGAUACAAGUAGCAAGCUGGCGGUGACUGAAGAGCGAAGCCUUCCACCUGGCCAUGAACAGGUGCAGAUACAUGCUCCACCCAGCGAUUUUGUCAAUCCGUUGCCUGUCGGCACAGUCGGAUCAGUGGCAGCUGUUGGACUGCAGCUCAUCGAGGAGGAACAGCCUGAUGAGGAGCCUCUGCCCAUAAUGUCGCAAACUGGGCUGUCGCAGUCGGAUCUGAGCUCCACAUCUUCGAGUGAUUCGAACAAACGCUACUCCUAUGGCAACCAGGAGCUCUAUGUCAUCGAGCAGCCUGGCUAUGCUGGUAACUCGCCUCUAGUGCUCCACUCGCAGCUGCUUGUUGGCCAGGAAACAACUGAUAUGGAGCAGAAGGAUCAGCUUAAGUCAGAGUCUCAGUCGGAGCAGUUGGUGGCGGAGGAGCAGCCAUUGCCGGCACCUGCUGCUUUUGGAAAUGCCAAUGUGGUGGAGGGUAAAGAAGAAGCUGAGACUGAUAAAGAAAUCGAGAAGGAACAGUCACCGUUGGAGCAAGAGCAGGAGGAGGAGCAGGAGAAGAAAAUACAGUUGGAUGUACACAACGAAGAGCAGCCCGAGAAGCUGGAGCAACCCAUGCUGGUGGAACCAGAGAACACCUACGAUAGCUUGAUGAGUCUGCCUGCGCCACCCUCCAAUGAGGAGAUAAAGGAGCUCAACGAUUUUACGCUGAUCGAAACGAAUCAAUUAGAUUCAUUGCCGCCACCACCACCGCCACCACCGUUGACCGAGGCUCAGAAUGGCAACCACAGCGACAAGCAAGAGCAAGAGCAGAAGGAGGAGGAGGAGGAGGAGGAGAAGCAGCAGCAGCAGGAACAGCUGAAAAUACAGAUUGCGGCUAGAAAUGAGCCAAACGCAGCUAUAAAGCUAACCUAUGGAAAUGUGAACGGCAAAAUUAAUGGCAGUAUUGCCAACUCAAACUCCAAUUCGAAACACCCACCAGGCGGCACAGCUGCAACCAAUGGAGGGGGAGAGGAGCCGUCAACAUUGACGCCGCCCGCAUCUCCACCAGCAUCGCCAGUCGCCUCCGGAGCCUCCACGCUCUGUGCGGGCAGUCUCAGCAAUGGCAUACAUGCGGUCGCAGUGAAUGGCAGUUAAACAGAAGAACAGAAGAAGCAGCAGGAGCCCAAGAAAUAAAAAUUAAAUUGGCAAUGCCGUAACGCUCUUUUAAGGUAUUGUACUCAAUAUAUACGCUAAAGUUUAAGAUAUUUAGAGAUCGGUCAAAGCAUGGGGUUUUUUUUUGUAAAAGCAUCUAGCGGGAUUAGUCAACUUCCCGCUUCCAGACAUGUGUCAGAUGCUUAGGCUAGGCUAAGAAUCGUUAAAAAUGAUAACGAAGCAUAAUAAUAAUAACGAAAUAAUACGAUAGCAAAACAAAAGAAUUUCAAU